AAACUUUCUAAUAACACAAACUAGUGCCAUCAAUGUGUUAACCUCUCUUUUUACGGAAUGAAAAUAUUUGAUAAUUUUUAUAUUUCACAAUGGAAGUAGAACAAAAAUCAUUAAAAAAACGUAACCGUGGUCAUAAUAAGCGAAUUUGUUUUAACGAAGAGACAGUAACCAAAAGUACAGCUGAAUCACUUCUAUCACAGGAACAAAAAGAAAUAAAAAUAGAUGCUUCCACUGUUUUAAACAAAAUUGAGAAUGAAGAAAUCGGCAUAAGACGUCAACCCAAGAAGUCUAAGCAAAAGGAUUCGAUUAAGAACGAUCAAGUGAAGAGUGAUGAUAUUAUCAAACCAAAGAAAAGAAAACGAAAUGAACUAAGCAAGGAAAAAUUGAAUGAAAAAUCUAAGGAUGAAGAUGGAAGUGUAACUGAAAAAUCCGAUAAUUCUGUUUCAAAACGAAGUUUGAAACGAUUGAAGAAACAGCAAAUGGAGGAAGCAAAAAAAAUUGAAUCGGAUAUCGAUUGCCAGAAAAAAGCUUUGAACUAUUUAUCAAAUUGGAAAUAUAAUAAAUCUGAAUGGAAAUUUGAAAAAUUGAGGCAGAUUUGGUUGGUCCAAAAUUUAUACAAUGACAAGAAAAUAGAUGCCAAAUAUUGGGAUACACUUUUAGAAUAUUUCACCAACUCACAGGGUAAAGUACGUCAAAAAUUACUUGAUGAGGCAGUCAAAAUAGUUGAAAAUGAUGAAGAUCAAUCGAAUGAAGACGUGAAACUCAAUAGAGCAAGGGAUAUUGUUCAAAACUUGUGAGGAGAUAUUUGAAUGAACUAAGCAAUAUUAGUUGAUAGUUAUUUAAAUUUCUGUAUAGAAUAUUACCAAUUUUUAUAUCCCUUGCUGUAUUUUACUAGGUCCGUUCGAACAAACGGUUCAGACAAGUUUGGAUCGCUGCUUGAACAAAAACCUUAUUUUGAGGGUAAAAAUAUCCUAUCAAUUUUUCAUUUAUAAGAACUCAAAUGACUUCUUGUUACCUAUUUAUAAUUCAUGGUUGAACUAUUGAAAAUAAAGAAUGUUUUAUAUUAA